CCAACACCACCACCUCCCCCUCUCCCUUCAGCGACGCGAUCACUCCAGAGUGUGAGUACCUACCUAGGUAGGUAGUAGGUAGGAAGUGAGCGACUGCUACCUGCCUCACCUCGCCUGGCAUACCUGGAUCUCCCCUCUCCCACCGCGCGCAUUCCUCCCUCAAGACACGAUACAACAACACGAACACGAACACGAACGCCGACACGAACACGUCCAUGCGGCACAAACACGCGCGGAGACCGUCUGCCUGCUGCUGCCUGCCACCGCCCGCCCGCCGUCACGCGCGUCCACCAACCCUAGACUAUGCGCGGCAUAGCUUGCCGGCCACCACAUUCGCUUGACGACGAGAAAGGAUGAUGAGCGCCUUUCAUGGAAGCCUCCCGCUCCGACUGACGCCUUCCAACUCGCCCUUCUUGCGAUCGCCCAGCCCGCGCUCGCCCACCAAGCCCACCAGGGACGAGCCCUGCUUGCAUCUGCUCAAGAGCAUCGGCACCACCACUACCGCCGUCACCAGCUUCGAUGCCCUGUCCUCCCCGCCUCAAUUCGCCUACACCGCCGGCGCCACUGCUGUCGUCGUCACCGUCGACCACGACCUCAACGUCAAUCAACACUUCUUCAGGGCGAAACCGAGCUCCAGCGCGGGAGCUCGUGAUGCAGCCUGGCCGCUCUCGCCUUCGCCCAAUGAUCCACGAUAUAGACCUGGAAGUCAGCUCAAAGACGCGGCUUCCGCUUCUCCCUUGGGCACUGCCAGCCGAGACUGGUCCGACUCGCCCAACGGACGGUCUGCGACAGCAAAAGACCGCAUCAAGAGCAUUACUUCUGUCGCUCUGAGCCCCAAUGGCAAAUGGGUAGCAUUGGGGGAGACCGGAUACCGCCCCAGAAUCUUGAUCUUCUCACUCAAGGAUGGUUCGUCGGAGGCGCCUUGCUGCUCUCUGUCAGAGCACCAUUUCGGAGUCCACGCCCUCAGUUUCAGCAGUGACUCCCGGUUCCUGGCUUCGCUCGGAACAGCCAAUGACGGAUUCCUGUACGUGUGGAGUCUAGAGGAGCGGGCUGAUGUGCUGCGGGCAAGUCUGCAUGCCAGUAAUAAAUGCACUGCGUUCAUUCAUCAUAUGAAAUGGAUGGGCAAUACCAUCGUCACAGCGGGACUGCGAUUUGUCAAGAUAUGGAGAUUGGACGAAGACGUCUCGCAGGAGCCGCGACACAUGUCUCGCGAUGCCCUCACGACGCCUCGACCUCGACACGAUAAUCGGACUUCUGACUUUGGCAAUAGCAUACUGAGUCCCAGACACCGAGUGCUGGCGGGCAAGAAUUGCCUGCUUGGCGAACUGCUUGAUGCUAUCUUCAUUUCCAUCACUCCCAUCUCCGACACCAAGGCUCUGCUCUGCACUGAAGGUGGUGACAUUUGCUUACUAGACGACGCCGAUAAAAUUCAAACCCUGAGUCUCGCCGCGUUCACGACCACUCCCAUCAGCGCGGCUCGCAAGGAUGCUCGCGACAUGUUCCACGUUUAUGGGGCGGACAGCCAGACUACAUCAUUUUUGGUACCCGAUCUAGAAAGGCGAGCCUCUGGAAAGGUCAACAGGUCGCCAUCCACGAUGUCCCCUUCGAAAUUGGCGUUUUGCCAGAGCGCCACAGUGGCCACAGCAACUUUAGGCGAUACUGUCGUGACAAUAGACUCAAGCCGCAGUAUUCGAGUAGAAAGGUUAGGUGACGAUGCGCAUGCUUUGAGCCAGAAUGCGCGCAUUCGUAAUCUUUCCGCGCAUCAGGAUGCCGUGCUGGGCGUGCUGCCGCUCACAUUUUCCACCUUUUCCCAAGCAUCAUUUUGCACUUAUUCGGGCAAUGGGACGGUGCACUUCUGGAGUGCCGAGGGCGAUACUACUUCUGAUCCCAUCGCCAUGCCCCUGGAGGGCUUUUCGGACGCGUACGGCGUUGCGAACGAGAUGCGCACACUAGCAGUAUUUCGCAAUGGUACCAUGCUCGCCUCGGGCGAUAAAUGUGGCACCGUCGCGGUAGUCGAGUUGGAAUCGCGCCGCGUCAGAUGCCACAUACGAGCACAUACUGCGGAAAUUACAGCUCUCCUUGCUUUUGAGCGCAACGGCACCAGCUUCCUGGCAUCCGCCAGUCGAGAUCGCACAAUCCAGCUCUUCCUCUGUGACUCUGGCACACUGGAGUUGAUUCAGACUAUGGAUGAGCAUGCGGGAGCGGUGACGGGCUUGCUAUUGUCCGAAAACGGAAGCCACUUGAUCUCAUGCUCUGCUGAUCGAUCAGUGGUGAUACGCGAGGCAGGUGUGCGCAGAGCGGAGAAUCCACGCACGCUGGCAUUCGCCAUGCUGAGGGCAAUCACUCUCAAAUCUGCGCCAACGAGCAUGUGCCUCUCUGGCCACCCAGAUAGCAUACUGGUAUCGAGUAACGAUCGCACUGUCGCUCGGUACAGCACGAAAACGGGCAUGCAGCACGACUGCUUCAAGUGUGCUGAUCACGAGAACGGAGAAGCGGUGGUGCUGUCGAAGAUCCUAUUUGCGCCAUCACUGAACGGAAUUCCCACGAUCGUCGGAGUGUCCAGCACUGAUAAGUCGAUUCGCUUAUACACGGACUAUGGAAGUCUGGUCGCCCGGGACUGGGGGCAUACUGAGGGCAUCACAGACGCUGCCUUGAUAUCAACCACGCUCGGGGAACCUGCGUCAUGCCAGCAGUCUUCUCCUCGCAUUGUCACCGUGGCUGCCGACUCUACCAUCUUCAUAUGGCAGGGAAUGGUGGGAACACAACCGUCUAGCCAUAACCACCGCGAGAGCACCCCAGCCGUGCUCGGACCUCCUCUCAGGAAAGUCUUAUCUCACUCCGAGAUAUCAAGGAUACGUCGUGAUAGAGCCACGGAGGAGCAGCAGGACCCGCCAUCGCCAUCGAGUCUGAACUCUGUGCAACCCCCAUCGCCACCAAAGAUCAGGAAUAGGACGAGCAGAAUGUCUCUGGCGCAAACGCCUCGACUAGAGCCAGUCUUCCGUUCCACUCUGCAGUCUUCUAGGAGGAGAAGCCUGCGUCAGCGGUCUCCUUCACCUCCCAGUCCUCGAAACCAUACGAAAAAGGAGAAUAAUGUCCGCGGUCCAGGUCAACUUGGCAUGACCUUGCGCUCCAAGAGCAGCGAAAAUGUGCUCAAGUCGAGCGGUGUGGCUACCAAUACAUCCGGCUUCGGUACCUUGACCUCCUCCACGGAUUCAGUGUGCCGCACUCUACGCACGUAUCGCAAGAAGUUGGUCAAUGCGCCGAACAACGAUGCGAUCACUCCCGAUGUAUUUCGAGAACUGGAGAAGGAACUCAGAUUGACAGUACGAGCGCUUAAUGAGAGAGCGCAAGGUAAAGUACUGGACGAACAAGCCAUAUCCAAGCUUCUCGAUCAGGCUUCUAGCAAGAUUGUUGGCAUGUUAGACGAACGGCUAAAGUCCCAUGAGGAGAAUAUGAAGCGGAAGCCCAGCGAAGGCUCGUCGGCUGUAUCUUGACAGCCUACCUAGACGUGGAUGAAGCAGGUCGGCGCUUCGAGCGCUCAGUCAGACACUGCUCUGGAAGCGCCGAUGGUCCAUGCACUUAAAACGCAUUCAUCAGGAAGACAUGAAGAACUUCCCACUGAUUACUUGCAUGCAUCAAUUCCAUGAAGAAUGUCUGCUUGCACAAAAAUUUUGCUAUAUCAUGAGAACUACCCUCACAUAUAAGCUCACACUCUACCAAGGUAGUUCUGCUCCGAUUAGGGCAGGCUGCGUUCGCUGCAUACCCAAUGGAGAUAAGUAGAUGUUCAGGUUCUGGGAUGGUCCCACGUGAAGUUAAAAUACACCCAGGGGUCCCUUCUGACAUGUAUACUUGUAUAGUCUGGGCUCUCACCCCUGUCUAAGCACAUGCUGCUCUCCGGUGUUGUACGAAGAGAGUGGCGGCAUUGGAGAGAGGGAGAGGAAGAGAGCAGCAGCAGCAAGUCUGUGGUGGUGGUUGUCGUCGUCGUCCAGGCUGUGUGUGUGCAGCCGGCUGGACUUUUAUCAAACGCCGAGCCCCUGGUGAGAAUAUCCGGC